UUGAUGCCGGGUUCGGAUUGAACCGGCUUGAGCAGCCCCGUUGCGAGAAAGUAUUUGGUGUAGCCGGUGUCCGGUGCACCUGGCACACCGAAUACUUUCUCCCAAGUGCCGGUGUAUAGUCCCUCAGCUUUCUGUUCUUCCCCUGCUCAAACCGGUGCCAAGGUUAGGGCUCUACAUUGCAUUAUGGAAUGUUGUGGGGGAAACUAAAUUCAAACAAGAGGUUCUGGAAUUGUGGGUGGUGGUUCAACAAAUUCCGACCUCCAUAGGCGGAAGUCUUACCUCUCUCUGUUGUAUAUCACCUGUAAAAUGUAAAUGUAAAGAUUGCUUUUCAAGUUCUUGAUGUAUAAAAUCUGCAUCUCUCUGAAUUUUGUCAUAUCUCUGGUAUUGUAACAUGGAUCAUUUAUAAACCAUGUAAGAACAAAAAUUCUUCAUUAAUAAUAUUGUCAAAUAAGAUGAAAAAUAGCAGUAAGAUAAUACAAAAUAAGGUACAGUGCUGAAAUGGAAAUGCUUGUUUGCUGGUAUGUUGAAAUUAGUAGUCAUAUCCAUGGAAUUUUUUUCUUUAUUUUAUAUAUGAUAUCUUAGUAUCGUACACUUUAUCUUUGCCAUGCAUAUCCUACUCUUAUGUCUUACCCAUAUUUAGUGUACCUUUGCUUCUUAUUAUAUGGACAACUGGUGCCAGCAAAAGAGAAGAAAUAUAGGCUAUAUCUGUGACCAGAAUCAGACCUCAACAGAGUGAUUUGGCUUCAUCGGUUAGCAAUAAUUGUUUUAUGUUUUCCCUUUUCCCAUUCUUAUCCUCGUCUUCUUAUUUUUUCUACAUGUUCGGACAUGUGAAGUAUCAUAGUUGCCUUCCACCUGUGUCCUCCGUUUGUUUUCAUGAGAGAAAGGGCAAUGUUCCUAGUUCAUGUGGUUCUACGCGGGCUUAGUUUAUUUGCUUAACAAGCUUGAAAAUUGGGCUUUGAACUCAACUCAUUGACUUAAUGAACAAGCAGAUGCCUGAGUUAUUCCUUUUUUUUAUUGUUUCAUUUGUAUUUUUAACAAAUCCAUAAGUAUAGGUGGUGGGCAUGUGCCUUGACUCUUUGAAGCCAUGUUACCAGAGAUUCAAUAUUGUAAUAUAACAAUUGGGGAUGAAAAUGCCACCACAGUUUUAUCCUGCUAUUAGGAGGAUAAUAUGCCAUGUAAAUCCUUUGAUUCUUUUGUUAACUUUGUUCACCAAAUCUGGAUUUCUUUCUUUCUUUUUUAUUUUUUAUGUAAUGUAAGUGCAACAUUUAGUGUAGUUCUUUUGCUAACUUUACCAGAUGAAUAUGGAAAAAAAUUUCUUCUUUUAGGGCAUUCAAUGUAUGAAGCACUGCCCAAAUAGAUGGAUUUAUCGUUGAUCUCCUGUUAGGACUCGAGCGCAUAAAAAAAUUAAAAAUAAAUGAAAGUUUCAUAUAUAAGUUUGUGUGCAUAUGCAUCAUGCAUUUAUGGGUGUGUGCAUGUGGAUACACGGACAUGUACCUAAUAAGCAUAUCCAACGAUUCAAGUUUGUUAUAUGGUUGUGCAUAAAACUAUAUUAUUAUGUUCCUUUUGCUUACAUUAUUGUUUCAAAAUGAGUAAAUGUGUCUAUGGUGAACAUUUUUUGUUGCAUAAAAGCUUUAUUUUACUCUUGAAAAUGGAAGAUUAUGAAGAUGUGCCAUGGCCCUAUAUCGUUGUGCCUGAUUUGAUAACUCUGAUGCUUGGACACAUACUAAAGUUUAUGUAAAAUAGGUUAGAACACAAUCCUCUAUUUAUACAUACCGAAUGUGAACUUUUUUUGUGUAUGCACUGCAGUCUUUCUUGUUUAAGUAGUUUUAUUUAUUUAUUUUUAUUUUUAUCUUUUUAAGUCAUAAUUAUCUAUUAGGUGUGCAUUCAAUCUUAAAUGUUAUAUCCUCUCCUUAUCAUGUAAUUAAGCUAUGCAUUUGGUUCACAUGCCUCUGAUGCAGCUUCAAUACAUAACUUCCGCAACUUGUAGCCUUUUCUGCUCCCUUGAAAUUAUUCUCGUGCUUCCAGUUUACUUUAUUUUCUCUUUAAGCUGUAUUUGUACUUGCAAAUUCCAUUUAAAAGUUUGCUACCUCUAUGCCACUUUUUGUUUGUUUGUUUGUUUUUGUUCAUGUGUACUGAUUCUACCUCUCAACAUUGACAGAUGUAUUUUUCAGAUUUAUGUUUAUGUAAAGAUAAAGAGUUUGAGUCUGAAGAUGAAAUCAUAGAUUACGUUGAUGUGGAUGACAGGGCUGGAUUUGUUGCCAUUGUGAAACGCCUAUAUGGAUAUUGAUUACGAAAAAUAAAUAAAUCUAUUGAAGCUAGAUAUUGUCCACACGGUGUUUUUAGAUUGAUUUGUACCUAUGACGCAGUAGAUUGCACAAAAGCUUUACUUGAAGGAGACCUUUUCGUUGUAGAUCUUAAUGUUCCCAUUGAAUUUGGAUUAUGUCCAUUGCAUAUUGCUGCUGAAGCUUUCUCAUAUGACAUGAUUGACUUAUUACUCCGCCAUGGGGCUCAGACUGAUGUCAGAACCAUAGAAGGUGAAUUCAGGGGUGACUUGCUGCCUCUGAAUAUAGCACUCGAAAUGUUAAGGUACAAGAUGUCAUGUUGUAAUUUAUUCCAGAAUUGUUUGAUAGAGCCCGUUAAAUAAGCCAUUUGAUCUUUGCACCAUACCUUCUUUUUUCCAUGUUGGUUGAUUGAACUUAUUGUUUGGCUGGAGCUGUUAUCAUCGAUACCUGUCUGACUGGACUCCAAAGCAGUCUAUUUUCAAGUUGAUUGUUAUUCUUUCCCUGCCACAAAUGAAAGUACCAUUAGAAACCAAUAGGUUGCUUGCAUGGAAUACAAAGGAUGUCAGCAAUAUAUUUUACCAUUACGCUAUGGAGGGAAAACUUAUUCCAGUGGCUACUCUGCUGAUGGUGGCUCGAGAAAAGAUUAUGGCUCCAAGCACGAUGCAGAGCAAAGAUUUUUGUGGUUUAGGAGGCGGCAUGAUGAUCCGCCAAUGCAUCCUUGAAGAGAUGGCAUCACUAACCAAUGAGGAGGUCAAAUUAACGUGCAUUGGUAGCUAUUCUAAUCAGAGGCUUAAGAAUAAGAAGGCAUUGAUGACAAUUGCCCUGCUGUUGCUUGAAGUUUUUGAUAAGGCUGGUGAUGCUAUUGAAACAUAUAGGCGGUCCGUUCGAUAUUAUAUUUCAAAAGAAAAGGUGGUGAAAGACCUCAAGGCUCUGCUUAAGGAAUCGGGUUUUGUUUUGAAGGACAAAGACAUAGACUUGAGUGACAAAAACUGGUUCGAUGCAUUGUUAAUUUGUUAAAUUAAUGAAUUUGAAAAUUUUAUGCUAUUUUUUCCCGUCUUUAGUUUAGCUGCUUUGGAAUAAGCUGGAGUACUCUAAUUCACAUUUAUUUGCUUGUGACAUUCUGAUAGUGAAUAGUGAAAGUGAAGAUAUCAAGCUGGCAACAGAAGUGUUAGAAAAGAGAACAUCAUUUAGGUCUCAAUUACAGGAUCUCUGCAUGCCACUCCACUCUGUGCCGCGCAGUUUUUGCCAAUAAAAGCGUCCGAUUACUUACAAAGAAAAUGAGAAAAGGUGGGCAAUGUCUAGAUUUAUUGAAUGGGGAUGGCCUGCUUUAUUGCAUGAACGACGUUACCAUAUAUUCCACUUCUUGACGCCUGGUAAUAACGAGUUUCAUUUCUAUCUGUUACCAAGCAACAGGAAGAUGGGUAGUGCGAUGAAAACACCAGCUACAUUUUUUCUAUGUACGAAAAUGUUCAAGGCCUUUGCAUUAGCAAUCAAGCGUGGGUUAACAUGCAUAUGAUUUAAGGUAAGAAUGAUUUCUUUUUAAGGUUUAUCUGAUCCUCCUCUUUUUUCUUUUUGACAACAAAAGUGAAUUCUGACUACAAUUUUUUUGCAAAACUUCUACUUCUUGUUACAUAGUGGAUGAGUCAUUUAGGUAUUCAAUUUUGUUCUCUUCAUAGGUAAUUGUGCUAUUUUAUUAUUAUUAGGGUAAAAGUGCGAAAAACCCCUACUAUAUAAAAAAUUUUGCCUUUUUAUAAAGUGCAUAUAAAUCCUUGUAUUUUGAAAAUUUGUAGCAAAUUGCUCCCUUGUUGUCAAUUUUGACCCUUGUUUUUUUAUAUAAAACAAAAAAAAAAAAACAAAAAUACCCUUAAGUGAAUUUUAGGUAUUUUUUAAUAAAUUAAGAUUAAAAAAAUAAAAAACAAAAUUAUUGGUGAGGGGUAAUUUGGAACUACUAGUAUAAAGUUGUUAUAUUUUGUAAUACAUUUUGUCAAAGUGGCAUUUUUCAUACAUUCUUUUUGAACAUGGUGGUAUUUGUAAUACCACGUAAAUAAUUUGUCAUUUAUUAAACUAUCGCAAUUUGAAUUGAUGUUAAUUACAGCAAUUUUUUUAUUGGUAAAUAAGAACUUUAUUAGAAGAAACAAGAAGUUGCUUGGGUUUUCCUAUUUUCAUACCCAAAGAUAGGGGAAAAAAACUUAUAUAAAAAAACUUGUGCAGUGGCAAUCUUUAGGGCACUAUGUUUUUUUCACAUCUCCGCGCUCCACCAACCACAUUGCAAUAUUAACAUUCUUCUAGUCCAUUACCUUUCAAAGCCACGCUCCCACACACACACACACACACACACACACACACACACACACAUAUAAACACACGUAACUAUUUCUACUCCUUCAAAUGUAACAGUACUACUUUUGAUGAUGUCUGUUAUUUGAUAUAUAUUGAGUAUCUAAAUAUUUGAUGAUAAUACGUUUUAAUGUGAUUGGUAACAAUAUAUUUUAAAACACUUCUAUUAUUAAUUACAAUAAUAUUCUUUGAUAGAAUGUUACCGUAUUUGUUAAUAAAAACUUUAUAAAAGAAGAGGUGAAAUUUUUAUAAAAAAUACAAUUAUGUCUAAGAAAAACAGUUAUCUAAAAUAUAAAACAUCUACUCAAAUUUUAUUUUAAAAGUUAAAAAUUUUAACUUCAAGUUUUACUUAAUAAUUACUAAAAGUGUUUUAGUGGUUACCUAUCACAUUUAAAUAUAAUUUUUUUAAAUAAAAAUAUUUUAAAGCAUUAAUAGGUAAUCCCAAACAAAUAUGCUCUUAAUAUGAAAAAAAAAAAAAAAAAGAAAAAGAAAAAAAAGGAAGGGGAAGAAGCCCCGUCCACACAGGCUGAUGCGGUUAUAGACGUGAACCAUUACAUAAUGUGAGAUUUCUUUUCUUUCUUAAAUGGCAUUAUUUAUUUUUCUCACCAAAUUAAAAUUUUAUAUCAAUUUUAUGUCUUUCAUUUAAUUCAACAUUUUUUUUUUCUACCUAACUUAUUAAUUGAAAUAUAUAAAGGUGCAGUGAUGAAUAACACAUUUGUCGCUUCCUUUAAUAUAGAAAAACGAUAUCCACAAUCGCUGUCUUUCAUAAAUAAAAUAUUUAUUUUUCUCAACUACUUAAAAUUUUAUGUAUCAAUUUUAUCUGUCUUUCAUUUAAUUCAACUUCUUAAUUUUUUUUAUACAGUUAUAAAUACGGAGUAACACGUUUGUUGGGCCCUUUAAUAUAUAAAAACAAUAUCCAUAGAUCAUAAUCGCUACUGACACGAACGUGGACUACUAAAGCCUUUAAAUCAUGUCGGGCGCAUCUUCUUUUAUAAGCUACUAUUACUGACCAAAUUAAUUUUUGGCAACAAAUAAAAUUUUAAACUAUUAAUUUUAUAUUUAAUUAAACAUUUAAAAUUUUAUCUUUCUUUUAUUUAAUUAAACUUCAUAGUUGAAAUAUAUUAAAUAAUAAAUAACUCCCCAUUUAUCCAUUUAAUUAAUAUACAUAGACGUGUUUUCACACCUGAGCUUGUAAUGGGUUUAACCCGAGAUCUGAUUUCAUCAAAAAUUCUUUUUAACAAUUUUGAAUUUUAGUUUUGUAUUAGAGUUUUAAGAAAGUAAUUGAGUUGGGCAUAAAUCUCAACUAAAAGAUUUUGAAUGUAUUAAAUUUUACGGAGAUCCAAGCUAAUGCUAGCUUGUUUGGAUGUUAUUUUUUUAUUUUUUAUUUUUUAUGUUUGGUUAUAAUAAAAUAUUUACGAAGAAAAAAAAUUUAAAACCUAACAAAAAUUAUUUUACAUUGAAACAAACAGCGUCCAAAUGAAAUAUGUUGUACUGUAUUUGGAUCAUGUUUAAAUAUAUAGGUCAGGUGUGAAUUAAGUCACACAUUUCUUCUCAACGGGUGUUACUUUCACGUUUUGCGCAUGCUCUCGCUCAAAUUCUCCCUAUUUAUGACAAAAUUCUGUCGUUCUUGCUCUCGAAUUUACUUUCAUUCUCGCUCUCGCUUUAUGUAACUUAGGGUGUAAAUAUUGUUCAUAAUAUUCUAUUUGAAUUUAAGAAAGGAAAAAAAAAAAAAAAAAAAAAAUUGAUAAAAUGCGAGUCUAACAUGCUCUGAAAACAGAGGGUAGGCUCAAGCAAGGAAGGUGGUGUUUGGAGAACACUCUAGUUUCACACACACACACACACACACACACACACAACGCCAAUAGCUUAGCUUAGAUCAUUCUAGGACUUGUUAUACUUGUCUCUGCUAGCUGUUCCCAACUCAACUUCAACCUCACUCUUUCUCUUGCCAUUUGGCAGUGAAGUGAACACCAUCAAACACUCCUUUGCCUCUUCUCAUCCACUACUCUCCUGCCUUCUUCACUCCUAUAUAAACACACACACACACACACAUAAAACCUGGACUGGCACUUUCUCCAAUUGCCCCAUCACCACCGUGAUCAAGAAACAAUAUCAAUCAAUGGCUUCAACUCUUGCACGAAGUUCGCUGUUGGCUCUGUUUCUAAUUGCCACUUCAAUGGUUUGUUUUGCUGCUAACAACUUCAACAAAGACUUUGACAUCACUUGGGGCGAUGGUCGUGGUAAGCUGCUCAACAACGGCGACCUUCUCACUCUCUCUCUUGACAAAAUCUCCGGCUCCGGCUUUCAGUCCAAAAAUGAAUACCUCUUCGCAAAGAUUGAUAUGCAGCUCAAACUCGUCCCCGGAAACUCCGCUGGCACUGUCGCAUCCUACUAUUUGUCAUCACAAGGACCAACCCAUGAUGAGAUAGACUAUGAAUUCUUGGGAAAUUUGAGUGGCGAUCCUUAUAUUAUACACACCAAUGUGUACACCCAAGGCAAGGGAGAGAGAGAGCAGCAAUUCUAUCCUUGGUUCGACCCCACUGCUGAUUUUCACACCUAUUCCAUCCUUUGGAACCCUAAAUGCAUUAUUUUCUCUGUGGAUGGAAUUCCAAUAAGAGAGUUCAAGAACAUGGAAUCAAUGGGUGUUCCAUUCCCAAAGAAGCAGAGGAUGAGACUAUACAAUAGUCUUUGGGAUGCAGAGGAUUGGGCUACGAGAGGUGGGCUUGUGAAGACGGACUGGACCAAAGCUCCAUUCACGGCCUGCUACAGGAAUUUUAAUGUGAAUGGUUGCAUAUGGACAGACUCGGGAGCAUCUACUACUUGUGGCCCAAGUUAUUUACACAGUAGCAACAGUAAAUGGUUCACACAAGAAAUGGAUUUGAGCAGUAAAGAGAGAAUGAAAUGGGUGAAGAGGAAGUACAUGAUCUACAAUUAUUGUACUGACACCAAACGAUUUCCUUUGGGCUUUCCUCCAGAAUGCAAAGCCAUACAAAUAUCCUAAGAGAAACAAAUGAAAUAUACAAUAGUUUAUCCAUAGUGUAAUGUACAAAAUCUGUUUUGUCUCUUUUCCUUUUUUAGGUUUUUGUUUCUUUUGUUUUCCUAGGAGUCACCAAUAUUGUACAAAUAUAGUUAUAUAUAUAUUGUAUAAUAUACAAUGUUCUUUGUA